CUCGCCGCUCCAUGGUCGCGGAGCCCCGGCUGCCCCGUCCGGGCGCCCGCCGCCGGCCAUGCGCGUGGCCACGGUGCUGGCGGUGCUGCGCCCGGCGCUGCCGCUGCUGCUGGGUCUGUCGCUGGGCUGCAGCCUGAGCCUGCUGCGCGUCUCGUGGAUCCAGGGCGACGCCGGAGACUCUUGCGCCGACGCGGCCGGAGGAGCCGCGCUCGGCCAUGGGCGGCAGCCCGACGGAGAGGGUCUGCCGGGGGAUGGCGGAGGAGGAGGAGCGGGGCCGGGCAGGAAGGAGGGCGAGGAGUCGCAGGAGGAGUUCAAGCCCCGCAUCGUGCCUUACUACAGGGACCCCAGCAAGCCCUACAAGAAGGUGCUCAGGACGCGCUACAUCCAGACGGAGCUGGGCUUCCGCGAGCGGCUCUUUGUGGCCGUGCUGACCUCCAAGGCCACCCUCGGCACCCUGGCCGUGGCCGUCAACAAGACGGCGGCCCACCACUUCCCCCACCUCCUCUACUUCACGGGGCUGCGGGGGGCCAAGGUGCCCCACGGCCUGGCGCUGGUGUCGCACGGGGACGAGCGGCCCGUGUGGCUCAUGUACGAGACGGUGCGCUACGUCCACCAGCACUUCGGGGGCGACUUCGACUGGUUCUUCGUCAUGCAGGACGACACCUACGUCCAGCCGGAGCGGCUCAAGGCGCUGGUGGCCCACCUGAGCAUCCACCAGGACGUCUACCUGGGCCGGGCGGAGGAGUUCAUUGGGGGGGACGAGCAGGCGCGCUAUUGCCACGGCGGCUUCGGCUACCUGCUCUCCCGAAGCCUCCUCCUCAAGCUGCACCCCCACCUGGACAGCUGCCGCAACGAGAUCCUCAGCCUGCGGCCGGACGAGUGGCUGGGCCGCUGCCUCGCAGACUUCCUGGGGACCAGCUGCACCUCCCAGCACCAGGGUCAGAAUUACCUGUCCUAUGAACUGGCCAAGAAUGCGGACCCAGAGAAGGAGGAGGGAGAAGAAUUUUGGGGAGCAAUUGCCGUGCACCCCGUCACGGAGCCCACCCUCAUGUACCGCCUGCAUAAGAGGUUCAGCAGAAUGAAGCUGGAGCAGACCUACCAAGAGAUAGAGGAGCUGCAGGCUCAGAUCCGCAACCUGACAGCGCUGAUGCCGUCGGGGGAGGCGGAGCUGUCGUGGCCUGUCGGGGUCAGCGCCCCCUUCUCCCCCAAGACCCGCUUCGAGGUGAUUGGCUGGGACUACUUCACGGAGCAGCACCUCUUCUCCUGCCCCGACGGGGCCCCCAAGUGCGAGCUGCAGGGGGCCAGCAAGGCGGACGUGGGCGACAUCCUGCAGGCGGCGCUGGAGCAGCUGAACCGGCGCUACCAGCCGCAGCUGCGCUUCCGCAAGCGCCGGCUGCUCAACGGCUACCGCCGCUUCGACCCCACGCGGGGGAUGGAGUACCAGCUGGAGCUGCUGCUGGAGGCCGUCACCCAGAAGGGCCACAGCCACCUCCUCUCCAAGCGCGUGCAGCUCCUGCGCCCGCUCAGCCAGGUGGAGAUCAUCCCCAUGCCCUACGUCACGGAGGCCACCCGCCUGCAGCUGGUGCUGCCCCUCACCGUGCAGGAGCUGGACUUCCUGGGCGGCUUCCUGGACGCCUUCGCCACCAACGCCCUGGACGCCAGGGACAACUCCCGCCUGACGCUGCUCUUCGUCUACGACCCUUACGACGCCCAGCGCGUGGGGCAGGUGGACGUCUUUGCUGGGGCCAAGGCCAUGGUGGCGGAGCUGGAGAGGCGCUACUCGGACGUCAAGAUUCCCUGGAUCAGCGUCAAGACAGAGGUCCCCUCCCAGGUCAAGCUGAUGGACAUCGUCUCCAAGAAGCACCCCGUGGACACCCUCUUCUUCCUGGCCAGCGUCUGGACGGAGGUCAAUGCCGAAGUCCUCAACCGCUGCCGCAUGAACGCCAUCAGCAACUGGCAGGUCUUCUUCCCCGUCCACUUCCAGGAGUUCAACCCAGCGCUGGCCUUCCGCGGGGGCGAGCAGGCGGCCGGCGGCGCUUCGGCCGCCUCCGACUUCCCUCGGGACGGGCGCUUCGACCGGCAGGCCUUCUCGGAGGCCUGCUUCUACAACGCGGACUACAUGGCGGCCCGGGCAAGGCUGGCGUCCGACGUGCUGGACCGCGAGGAGGCUCUGGAGGGCCUGGAGGCCUUUGACGUCUUCCUGCGCUACUCGGAGCUGCACGUCUUCCGGGCAGCGGAGCCGGGGCUGGCGCAGAAGUACGUCUUGCGGGGCUGCAACCCCCGCCUGAGCGAGGAGCUCUACCACCGCUGCGUCCUCAGCAACCUGCAAGGACUCGCCUCCCGAUCCCACCUGGCCAUGGCACUCUUUGAGCAGGAGCAGGCCAACAGCACCUGACGGGGGGUGAGGGGGGGGAGCAAGGAGGGA